AUGGAAGGCCUCUGCUUUCAAACCCUUCUAACUGGCUCUGCUUCGCCUUCCAAAGCUGAUGCAACUAGCAGAGAAAGUAUUUCAACCGAUUAUGCCAAUCCUGUAUCCUUGUUAAAUGAAUACUCACCCACUAUUCAAUCUUCAAAAGGCUCUAGCCCUUUGCAUACACAGUCAAUUAUUGGUUCAGGAGGCCUCAAUCCGAACUCGGAUAAACUAGUUGAUUUGGAACAUGCAAAGUCAAUUUCUCAUGAACAAGAGUUCCUCACGGAAUCUAAUUUGAGAAAAAAUACUGGUAUAUUUUCGCUUAAAAGUGUCAAAUCUGGUGAGUUUCUGGAAUCUUUUUAUUCAAGCUUAUUCUUUGCCCCAUUUGCUUUGCUUCCAUGA